AUGCAAAGCAUUGUUAUCGUCCUCUCCUCUUGUCCAACUGGCUGGGUAAAAUGGCGUCAGUCUUGCUACAUCUUAUUGCCUGAGAUGAUGAACUGGAUGCAAGCCGAGGCGACAUGCAAGCGACUAGGGAGCAACCUCAUAGUGCCUGAUUCAAAAGAAGAAAACGACUUCAUCUUCGACUGGGCAGUGAAAGGAAAUGAAGGACUGUGGAUUGGCUGCACAGAUGCUGCUCAAGAAGGAGUUUGGCUGUGUGGUGGUCAGCCUGCAAGGUUUAUCAACUGGAGAGACGACAGCCCAAGAGACGAUAUGAAAUUGAACUGUGCCCGAAUGACAGUUCAAUUAGCUGGAGUUUGGUCUGAUAAAAUAAGUUGCCAGAGUACAGACCAUAAAUCAGCUGCGUGUGAGAUGCCAGACUCUAUCAUGCCAAUCUACCACACCCUGCUAAGUCCCAAUGGGCGUGUCUCUCAAUACUGCCCCCUCAAUCACGUCAUCGACAACCUGGCCGUAGAGGGUGUAAUUGCUUGUGGACGGGCGUGUACAACAGAUCCUCAAUGCCGCUCCUUUAAUGUUUGGCAGAGCAGCAAGAAAGAGAAGAAAUGUCAACUCAAUGACGUCACCUUUCUUGAAGAUAAUCACACCGACUUCAAGGAUAUUGAGGGUUGUGUCUACUUUGAAGUUUGA